AACGAUCUUGUUUAGAAACUAUUCGUCCCUUUCCGUAACCCUCACGAAAUAGUCGAGUGAUAGGCAAAAUACUGACAACAGCUGAUCAAUGUGAACACAAUCUAUUUUCCAAACUGUCAUUAUAAGCAUGUGGAGAUAUUUGUACGACAGAAAGACCUGCAGCGAGAACUAUAUGUUGUCAGCUGACCGCAGAGGGGAUAUUUCCUGGAGAUUUUACUGGGGAAUUCCCUCGUGGAAAGUUUGCUUGCACAAGAGGCGCAGUAUAUUAAGCAAGAUUCUUCUAGCCACUGCCCUCUCCAGACAUGAAGCACUGUCAAAGUGGCCAGUACUAUGACAAGGCUGUUAGCAGAUGCCAGGGGUGUAAUGAGAUCUGCUAUUGGGAGUACUUGAAGGAUCCUAACUCUGACUGCAACAAGUUUUGUCCAGAGUUCUUCCAAGCUGGACAUGCGGGGCAGGACGGACCAGCAUCUACCCCGGUGAAUGUCCCCAUGCUUGUGUCCAUCUGUGGUGUGAUGGUGGUCAUAGCCAUGGUACUGGUGUUUCUCUGGAGGAGGUUCCGACGCCGAGAUCAGACUUCUACCAAUACUGUCCAAGCGACUACACUUGUUGCCCAGCCCAGUGACAACACACCUGUGCAGCAGGAUGAUAUGGGCUUCGCUGAGCUGUGUAUAGGAAGUGGCACUGGUGAUCAUCUCUUGACUGGUGAAGACUAUUCUGGGAAUUAGACCAGCAAUCUGCUUGCCCUCUGGGGCAGAAUAGGUUCCAGUAACCCAUGCUUGUUGUAAAAGGCGACUAAAAUGAAAACUGGUUGGUGACAAUGUCCUCUGAGAAGGGACAGUGAUUGGAUGAAAGGUCACCAGGGGAGACAAUCCCGAGGCCGUGGCCUGGCUGACUGUAGCACACACACCAAUAUGUGGUUUCAUGCUCACACUAUCAACCACUGGUUAGAUCUCAACCCAGUUGAUAUGUGCAAGCCACUAUGCUCAUAGCUAAACAUUGCUGAUAGUGGUGUUCAACUCAGCCCUGACCCUGUGGAGAGUCCCGGGGGAGAGCCCCAAGCGUCCCUUACUUGUUGCAAGAGGCGCAUGAUAAGAGGGCAGGGGUCCGGAAAAUUUAAAAUCUCAAUCGGACAUUUGCAUUUAGGCCACGCCUCUUGAAGAGGGGAUGGGGUGGUCAAAAGGCGCGACGUGGCUGAUUGUGUGUCAUCACACCGAAACAUCAAGCAGUCGGUGCUCCCCCACUACUGUAGUCCUGAACCAUGACUGGAAUAUCUGUAUUUUAUGAAACCAAAUCAAUCUAGAAUAUAAAAAAGCAAGUCUUUAAUAAUUAGAGGCGAGAAUUGUAGUGUGUAAUGAAAGAUUUCCUAGACUGUAUGCUAGUCUCCCACUACCACUAAUGACUGGUUUUCCUGGACCAGAAUCAUUACCUAUAAAUAUUCAUGAUUUAGCUGGAAUUCUGCUGACAGCGUGAAAGAACAAUCGCUCACUCAACACAAUCCACUGACAGUCACAUCUUGGGUUGGGAUGCAUGCACGCACGCUAUGUAAGUGCAAUAAACUUGGACACAACGUUAAACCCCAUUUCUCCUCACCACAUUACUUGUUGAAAAAUGUUGCCAUCUGAUUGGCCAGUCUUCAAGUCGUAAAGACCUAUACGAGUGGGGUGGCCCGUACGGAUAUCAUGACAUCAUAAUGUGUGUUGUGACGUCACUUACUUGUCAUGUCAAAAUUGAUCCAGAUAGUUCUUUGAAUUACCAUACUUAAAGUCCAAUGGCAGUCACAAAAUAGGUCCAAUUGUUAAAUAGAAAUAUGCCACCAAAUUACAUCUUUGUAGCUUGUGAAAUAGCAAUGAUUAAUUCUUUUUACAUGUGCUACUCUCAGGGUGUACAGGGUUUUAUGAAUGUACUUAUAUAAAAAAUUAUAUUUUUGUUAAGCUAUUGUCACAAUGGAGUGUCUUUGAAUAUAUUUAUUAUUUGUUCCCAUGUCAGCCAAUUAAUGGCUAAUUCAAGAAAUAGUUGCUGUCUGAUUUCCUCAGUGUUAGAAAUUUUGGGGGCCAGGGUUCUUUGAGGUUUGCUCCUGCACUUUUUUAAUCUGGUACCCCUAGAUAUAGGAGCUUUAAGAUUAGUGGUAUGACAAGGUACCCAUGACAUUUGUCAGGAAGUGUAAACUCCCUUUCACUGAUGUCAAGCAAUGUAUUCAGCCUGUUGUACUUUGUUGACAAGGGGAGGUAAUUCAACGUACAUAAUGUCAGGUUUCAACACACGCCAUUAUUCCAAAGGUUAUCUUGGCCUUCACAUUAAACCAUUGUAAUUCACUAGACCAAACACACAUAAUAGCAAUUCAUUCCUCAGAUACUAGUGGAAUAUUCCUAUGUGGUAUAUUCCUAUGCUCCCUUUUACAUACAUGAAGUUACUACUGAAAUCUGCUGCUAUGUUUCCAAAGAGUGUCAAUGGUCAGAAAAACAUCUAAGUGAGACAGACAUAUAUAGACUUCCUGAGGACAAAGGAUUUUCACAUGACAGGUUGUUGCACAGUAACUGAUGAGAAUGGCACGUAUGUGUUACAUACACCAUGGCAACUACAGACAUCAUCCCAAGCCUGUAUCAGUGUGUUAUUUGAACAUUUGCUUAUGCCUGUGUGAGGCUAAAACAAAUAAUGGUCUUGUCUCUCAGGCACUGCCCACAUCAUCAUAAAGUUCAUCCCACAUUUCGUUUUUGUUUCAAUUUUCAAUUUUUGUGUGCAUUGUGUUAAAGUAAUGGGAUUUUUAUAUUUUAAAAAAAAUGGAAAUAAAAACAAAACGUGCGGCAGACUUUAUGAUGAUGCGGGUGGUGCCUGAGAACCAAGACUAUUAUUUUUUUAGCCUUAAGUGACACCUGCUGUCAAACAGUUUCUUUUCAAGGUCUUUUGUUAUACUUUGUUGCAAAUCAAGCUCUCUAUGCAAUGUCCAUGGCAUUUCAUUUAAACAUACUUUAUUAUCAGCAAAGAAUAUGAUGAGACUCAAGAUGAAGUUGCUGGGCUUUGAGAGAUUAGAACAAAACAUUUAGAUGUAUUUACAAGUACAAUUUGUGAUAUUUCUUACAUAUGAGAUGAUUUCACACAUUUUUGUAUAAAAUAUAUAUCAUUCUGUGCCAAAACAGUCGAGUUUGCUAACCCCAAAAUGUCUCUUGCCACCAUUUUCAGCAGAUUUUAGUUUCAUAUAUAGCAGUCUGUGCUAAAAACAUUUGAGUCCACCAGGGCUGGGACGGGUAACUCGGGUACUCGGGUCGGGUGGGUACUGAGUAGGACCCGGGUACCCACAGGACUACCCGGACCUGAGGUAUAUUGUUUAAUGACAAAAAAUAUCUAGAACUCUAUGGUUACGUUUGAGUCCACUAGCCUGAACUUGGCUCUCAGCACCUUUUAGUAGAUUUUAGUGUUACUAUUUACUGUAGACUGUUAUUAGCUAAGCUUACUAGACCAAACAGACUUUUUCCUUGACUCAGGCUUUGGAUUAGCGGCUAAAGUCACAGACUGAUAUGGAUUUUUUUAGCUGGGUGUUCUAGCUAGACCAAACAAACAUUUACACUAGAUUCAGGCUUCAGACGAGUGGCUGAAGUCGCAGACGACAUAUAGGUGUACAGCGAUAGAUAUCGAGGCCUAACAUUCUUUAGAAGUCUUCUCAAUUGGGAAAUAUAUUCCAGUGCCAAAAUUAUGCCAACUUGUCCUAAAUGGUGCUUCCUCAAUGAGUCUGAAUGCUGAUUAUGUUUGAAGGUUUGUAGUUGUGGGCUUCACCCAAGUGGUAAACGUCUAUUGGCUAAGACCUGCAUCACUUGAGGCUUUUCUUUCCCCUUUGCCGACACCUUGUGAUAUGACUGAAAUACUCUUCAAACAAACUCAAUCCCUCUGUGGUUCGAUCCCCAGGAAUGCCAUACUUGUUGUUACCCUGCCUGGUGUUGGGCAUUAAGGGGCUAAAGGACUGGUUGUGCUCAGAGUGAGUAUACUGAGUCUGAGGGGGUGUUCAUGUUAAACUGCAACAUAGCAUCUCAGUUGGAUAACACACACACACACACACACACACACACACACACACUGUUCAGUUACACAAAACUUCUGUCUUGUCCUACAUCAGUGUUCUUACUGAGGAUUGUUAAGUUUAAAUAUACACAGAGUUUUGAACCCCGACGAUUGAUAUACCUUGUGUAUGUCAUAAGUAUAAUAAGUGACGUGCUGUGAUAUGAAAUAGAGGCUGGAAUAUGUACUGACAGGAUGGUUUGCAUACUUAUCACACUGUAUGGAUAUUGAUGUUAUUUGUGUAGUACAUUUUAUCUGUGUAUUAGUCAGAUUUUAUUUUUCAUUUUUCUAUUUUUACACGUUGGUGUCACAGAUGUGUAGUGAUAUUAUGUCAGAUAUAUGUGUUGACAGAUGAAAGGUUGUGGAUGUUUUAGACUAAAAUUUUAUAAAAGGUUGUUUAUUUAUUGAUUUAAUAUUGCCUUACACACAAUGUUUAUAUGAAGUCUGGUCUGUCAGCACCAUACUCAUGCUUACUUAAACAAGAGAGUACUGGUGAUACAUGUAGGUCUCUGAAUAAAAGGAGCUAUUAGGCUUUAAAAAAUAAAUGAAUUGGUUCUCAGGCAAGGGCUUUUGAAAAUAUAUCGCGGGCGUCCCGGGUAGUGUUUUUUGUUGUUGUUCAAACUAGUAUGUAACCAAAUAGACAGUUUUGUCACCAAAUAAACAGUUGUGUAACCAAAUAAACAGUUGUGUACAAUCAACCUGGGAAAGGGCCUCCUUGAUGAGUAAAAUACUGAAAUACAGUAUUUGACUACGGUUGGACGUGGAAUAUUUAAGGAUUUUUGUUUUGUUUUUUUAAAUGGAAAUAAAAAUGAAACUUUAUAAUAGCGAACUAUAUGAUAUUGCGGGCGCUGCCUGAGAACCAAGACUAAUCUGUUUUUUGGCUUAGGUACAAUGGUAAUUCUUGGGAUCAGAUUAAGAACUUGUUUUGUUGUCAAUCUAUAUAAGAGUUUUUCAUUUCAUUUAAAAAACAAAAAAACAAAUUACAUAAAGUUUUAAUAAAUCCCAUUUGUUUGAUAUCAUGGGCAGCCCUUCUCAUUGUGUUUCUCAGUCCGACUUAUCACAGAUGACAUAUUUACAGUGGCCAUGUAACAAGAAACUCACCGUACCUUGUGGAUAAUUGUGUUUAUGGAAGAAAAAGUGAUAAAACUCAAGAACCUGCAUCACUUUUAACUUCUCCACCCAGUAAGCUGACAUGUUGUGAUAUAACUGAAAUAUUGGUCAGACAUGCUUUAAUUCAAACUGAUUUAGCUGUGAUUAAAGGACAUUAAUGAUUGCUAGUGUCCAUUGUUUCAAGAGCUAGUUAUUCACUAAGUGACUGAUUGAACAUAUCAAUAAAGGAAACUGACUAAA